AUGGCGAAUCCCUUGCCCUCCGUGCCUCCUCUGGCCAACCCCCCAACUGUUGUGCCGGUUGAUUCUUCCUCCGGACUCUGGGAUCGCAUCACCACUUGGGCUUCAGAUAACAAGGCCAUUGUGUACACCGCCGCAGGUGUUGCUGUCGUCGCUACUGGUGCCGGCGUCAUCUACUUCCUUAACAGCGACUCCGCUGACCCUAGUGCGAUAAAGAAGAAGGACUCGACACCAAAGCUGAGCAAGAAGGAGCGAAGGAAAAGGAAGGAGGCUGAGCGCAAGGCCGCCGAGGCAGAGAAGGCCGCACCCGCAGAGACUUCCCCUGCGCAAUCCAAAGCCGCUGCCGUUGAGAGCGCCGACGAGCUCCCCGAGAUCGACGAGACCUCUGUCCAGAGCUUUACGCAAGAACAGCGAGACGAGUAUGCCGCCAAGUUGAAGGACGCCGGCAACAAGGCCUAUGGUAGCAAGGACUACAACAAGGCGAUCGACCUGUACUCGAAGGCAAUUCUUUGCAAGGCCAACCCCAUCUUCUACUCCAACCGUGCCGCCUGCUACAACGCCCUUGGCGACUGGGACAAGGUUGUCGAGGACACCACCGCCGCCAUCAACCUCGACCCCGAGUACGUUAAGGCCCUGAACCGCCGCGCCAAUGCCUACGAGCACCUCAAGAUGUACGGCGAGGCUCUUCUCGACUUCACUGCUUCUUGCAUCAUUGAUAGCUUCAAGAACGAGAGCAGUGCGCAGUCGGUCGAGCGCCUGCUUAAGAAGUUCGCCGAGCAGAAGGCCCAGGAGAUGAUGGCCAACCGCCCCAACAAGCUGCCUAGCCACACCUUCGUCGGCAAUUACCUCCAGAGCUUCCGCGUUAGGCCCCGUCCUGCUGGUCUUGAGGAUUCCGUCGAGCUUUCCGAGGAGACUGGUAAGGGACAGCUGCAGCUUGGUCUGAGAGCUCUGGAGAAGAACACCGGCGAUGGUUACGAAGAGGCGAGAGCGGCCUUCGAAAAGGCUCUCGAGCUAGGUGACCUCGACGAGUUUGAGGCCCUGGCCUACAACCUCCGUGGCACUUUCAGCUGUCUGCUUGGCAAGCACGACGAUGCCAUGGCCGACCUGACCAAGAGCAUUGAGCUGGACCCCUCCAUGACCCAGAGCUACAUCAAGCGCGCCAGCAUGAACCUUGAGCUUGGCGCUCCUGAGAAGGCUGCUGACGAUUUCGAGAAGGCCAUGGAGCAGAACGCCGACGACCCCGACAUCUACUACCACCGCGCUCAGCUCCACUUCAUCAAGGGCGAGUUCUCAGACGCUGCCAAGGAUUACCAAAAGUCGAUUGACCUCGACCGCGAUUUCAUCUUCUCGCACAUUCAGCUUGGUGUCACUCAAUACAAGAUGGGCUCCAUCGCUUCCUCCAUGUCAACCUUCCGCCGUUGCAUCAAGAACUUUAAGGAUGUUCCUGAUGUCUACAACUACUACGGCGAGUUGCUCCUUGACCAGGGCAACUUCCAGGAGGCGAUUGAGAAGUUUGACAGUGCGAUUGAGAUGGAGUCGAAGACAAAGCCUAUGGCCAUGAACGUUCUUCCUCUUAUCAACAAGGCCCUUACCCUCUUCCAGUGGAAGCAGGACUUCAGCGAGGCUGAGAAGCUUUGCCAGAAGGCUCUUAUUAUCGACCCUGAGUGUGACAUUGCUGUCGCGACUAUGGCUCAGCUCCUUCUGCAGCAGGGCAAGGUCACCGAGGCUCUCAAGUACUUUGAGCGUGCGGCGGAGCUUGCUCGCACGGAGGGAGAGAUCGUCAACGCGCUCUCUUAUGCCGAGGCGACACGCACGCAGCUCCAGGUCCAGGAGAAGUACCCCAAGCUGGCGGCCAAACUCCAGGGCAUCAGCCCGGGUAUGCCUAGGUAA